UGUCCCGGUCGCCUCGCUGGCUGGCUGGCGGGCGGGCGGCAGGCAGGGGAAAAGGGAGGGACAGACAGACGUGUGGGGCGGGCGGCUUGUCACCGACGCGAUCGUUUUGCUUCAUUUAUAAUUAGUUCUCGCGGCGGAUUACGGAGUCGAAGGGGAGGAGGUUGUUGCUGCUUCGCUUAAAGGGGAACCAGACGGAGUGUGGAAAGUGUCGUCUGGGUUCCGCCCCCACACCCCCCUCCUUCCCGGGGGCUCGCCGUCUGACCGGCGGGGAAGGGCCACACAAGCCCGGCGGCCCUUCUCUGGGAAAGGAGUUGGGAGUGUCUACCCCAAAAAGGGGGGUGGGAUCGGGCGGUGCAACUUACGAAGUAGCUCCGGCCUGUUUUAGACUCCCCCUUCCCCCUUACCCCGGCCUGUUUUAGACCCCCUCCGUGCCCCAUCCUGAUUUAGCCCCCGCCUCUUUUGCCCUGGCUGGCCCGUUUCAGCCCCUAGUGCCCUGGCUGGACUAUUUUAGCCCCAACUGCCCUGACUGGCCUGUUUUAGCACCCCCCCCCACACAAUCUCCGGAGGCCCAAUGGAGUCCGAGAGCGGCCUGGAGUACUUCUCGGAGCAGGUGGCGCAGAAGGACGUCAGCCGGCGGCUGCAGGUCGGCCAGGAGCUGAUCGAUUACCUGAGCGACCCAAGGAGGUCCAGCGAGGUGGAUCACGAUCACAAACGAAAGCUGGAUAGCGUCGUUGACGAGCUAACAGGAUGGCUAAACGCCAGCAACUUCAAGGUAACGUUACUUGGACUAGAGAUUAUAAGAGCACUUGUCGAUCGCAUGAAAGAUCGUUUUAAACCCCAUUUCGGAACAUUGCUACCAGCACUCGUAGAUCGUUUAGGUGACACCAAAGAUCAAGUCAGAGAACAAACGCAGAGCCUUCUUCUCCGUAUAAUGGACCAUGCUGCAUCACCCCAGUAUGUUUGGGAGCGAUUAACAUCAGGGUUUAAACACAAGAACUUUCGAACUCGUGAAGCAGUCUGUCUAUGUCUCAUUACCACACUCAACACUUAUGGAGCACACCCAUUGACCUUAAGCAAAAUAGUUUCGCACAUUUGCAGUCUACUUGCAGAUCCAAAUAGCCAGGUAAGAGAUACAGCCAUGAAUACAAUGGUGGAGAUUUAUCGACAUGUUGGAGAGAGAGUCCGAGCUGACCUUUGCAGAAAAGGAGUUCCACAAGCACGUUUACAGAUACUGUUUGGAAAAUUUGAUGAUGUACUAGAAUCUGGAAACAUGGUUUUGAGUUCUGGCCAUGAUAAAAGCUUUGAUGAUGAGGAGUCAGUGGAUGGAAGCAGACCAGCAGCAACUAAGGUAUCUGCGACCAAGAAAAUGGGAAGUGCAAGCAUUGGUGGGAAACGAUCAGCCUCUGCACCUGGAUCCAAAGCAGGUACAUCAAAAGAUGGAGCGCUGGAUGAAGAUGAUUUCACAAGGGCAUUUAAUGAUGUGCCUACUGUGCAGAUUUUCUCCAAUCGAGAACUUGAGGAAACGUUGAACAAAAUCCGAGAGAUACUGUCUGAUGAUAAGCACGACUGGGAUCAGCGAGCCAAUGCACUCAAGAAGAUUCGAUCACUACUAAUUGCUGGGGCUGCAGAAUAUGACUGCUUUUUCCAACAUUUAAGAUUAUUAGAAGGAGCUUUCAAAUUAUCAGCGAGAGAUCUCCGGUCACAGGUUGUCAGGGAAGCUUGUAUUACAGUAGCGCACCUGUCAACAAUUCUUGGCAACAAAUAUGAUCAUAGUGCUGAAGCCAUUGUGCCUACGUUAUUUAAUCUUGUCCCAAACUGUGCAAAAGUCAUGGCAACGUCUGGAGUAGCGGCAAUCCGGUGCAUCAUCCGUCACACUCAUGUUCCAAGGUUGAUUCCCUUAAUAACCAGCAAUUGUACUUCAAAGUCAGUGGCAGUGAGAAGGCGUUGUUACGAGUUUUUAGAUUUGUUGCUGCAGGAAUGGCAAACACACUCCCUAGAAAGGCACGUGACUGUUCUGGUUGAGACCAUCAAGAAAGGCAUUUCAGAUGCUGAUGCAGAAGCCAGACAGGAAGCUCGAAAAACCUACUGGAGCCUUCGGAACCAUUUUCCUGCUGAAGCUGAUGCAUUAUACAACUCCCUGGAACCGUCCUAUCAGAAAGGAUUUCAGGCCCACCUGAAGAGUUCCACGAGCGCAGCUUCUCUUCCUCACUCAGAUCGGUCAUCUUCCAGCUCACAAGAAAGCCUUAACCGUGCCUUUCCAGCUAAGUGGUCUGUUGCAAGUGGGAGUACGUCAAAAGGUCCAAGUACAAAAUCCAUAGCCACUCCUGGUGGUUUGCAGCGUUCCAGAAGUGAUGUAGAUGUUAAUGCAGCUGCAGCUGCAAAAUCACGGCAUACCACUGGACAUUCUGGGGCGAGCCGUUUAACUACAUCUAAUGUACCUGCAGGUGCCUAUUCCUCACUUGAUGAUGCAUCUGACAAAGCAGAUGGUCGAAUUCGAAACAGACAGCUACUCCUGGGAACCACCUCUGGUGGUGGCGAUUCUGCUGAUAGCAGAGGGCGAAGUCGCACGAAAGUGGUGUCUCAGUCUCAACGUUUAACAUCAUCUGAAGAUAACAAAGGAUCACAGUCAGCCAUCCCAAAUUGUGCUGCGAGUCGCUCUGGUUCUCCUGGAAGAGUAUUAAACAGCACCGCACUUUCAACCAUGAGUAUUGGAGCUCCACGGGCAAUUCCCACUGGAGCUGCAGGGCAGAAACGCAGCAAGAUACCACGCAGUCAAGGAUGCAGUAGGGAAGCAAGCCCGUCUCGAUUGUCUCUGGUUCGGGGCAGUCGUAUCCCUCGACCUAGUGUAAGUCAGGGCUGCAGCAGGGACACCAGUCGUGAAAGCAGCAGAGACACCAGUCCUGUUCGAGCCUUUACUCCACUUGCUUCCAGACAUCACUCCCGAUCAACUGGUGCUCUCUACAGCUCAGAUACAUACUCAGCUUCAGCAGGGUCUGAUCGCUAUGGGUUUAAUCAGACGAGUAAAUUGUCUGCAUCAGUGAGUGCCAUGCGAGUCCUCAAUACAGGAUCUGAUGUAGAGGAAGCUGUUGCAGAUGCUUUGCUACUAGGAGACAUGCGGAGUAAGAAAAAGCCAACAAGGAAAAGGUAUGAAUCAUAUGGAAUAUACUCAGAUGAUGAUGCCAACAGUGAUGCAUCCAGCGUUUGCUCUGAGCGUUCCUACAGUUCUCGAAAUGGCAGCAUCCCUACCUACAUGCGACAGACUGAAGAUGUAGCCGAGGUCCUCAACCGUUGUGCAAGCACCAAUUUUUCUGAAAGGAAAGAGGGCCUUCUAGGUUUACAAAAUUUGUUGAAAAAUCAACGAACAUUAAGUCGUGUUGAAUUAAAACGAUUAUGUGAAAUCUUCACAAGGAUGUUUGCUGAUCCUCAUAGCAAGGUUUUUAGUAUGUUUUUGGAAACCCUGGUUGACUUCAUUCAUGUCCACAAGGAAGAUCUUCAAGACUGGCUGUUUGUUCUGCUCACUCAGCUAUUGAAGAAAAUGGGUGCAGAUUUGCUGGGUUCUGUUCAGGCGAAAGUACAGAAAGCACUUGAUACCGCUAGGGAGUCGUUCCCAAAUGACCUUCAGUUCAGCAUUUUGAUGCGUUUCACAGUUGAUCAGACACAGACUCCAAAUUUGAAGGUGAAAGUUGCCAUUUUGAAAUACAUUGAGACCUUGACGAUACAAAUGGAGCCAGCAGAUUUUGUAAACUCUAGUGAAACACGUCUGGCAGUAUCACGAAUCAUCACAUGGACAACAGAGCCAAAGAGCUCUGAUGUUCGAAAGGCUGCCCAGGCAGUUUUAAUAUGCCUGUUUCAACUCAACACACCAGAGUUCAGCAUGCUGCUUGGAGCCCUACCUAAAACAUUCCAAGAUGGAGCAACCAAACUUCUUCAAACACACCUUCGCAGUUUAGGCAAUACUAUCCAGCAGGGAUCAGGAAACAGCUCUGUUGCCAGAAGCACACCACGCUCACCUGCAGGUUGGACCAGUCCCCUUACUUCACCAACCAGUGCAAGUCAGAAUACUCCACCACCAAGCAGUGCAUUUAACUAUGAUGCAGAAAACAUGAACUCAGAAGAAAUAUACUGCUCUCUUCGAGGUAUGUCUGAAGCAAUCCAGAACUUCAGUCUCCUUAGUCAAGAAGAAAUGAAUGAACCUUUGAGGCGAGAUGCUAAAAAGGAAGAGGAUCUGGAGCAGGUCACUGCUGGAGCUGCUGACAUUAGAGGAGGUGGUGAUGCCACUGACUUAGGACGAAUUGCCCUUGACAAUAAAACUUCAAUGUUAAACACCAUGUCCCAUCGUAGCAGUUCCCGACCGCGUGAUUAUCAUCCCUACAACUAUACAGAUAACAUCUCUGUUAGUAAAUCGGCCUUAAAGGAAGCCAUGUUUGAUGAUGAUGCUGAACAGUUUCCUGAUGAUGCUACUUUGGACCAGUCUGAUUUGGUUGCAGAGCUACUGAAGGAACUUUCCAAUCACAAUGAGAGAAUAGAAGAACGUAAAGCAGCAAUGUAUGAACUCCUUAAGUCAAUUCAAGAAGAGUCAUUAGGCGUGUGGGAUGAACAUUUCAAAACUGUUUUGCUGCUGCUUCUUGAGACACUUGGAGAUAAAGAGCAUACAAUCAGAGCAUUAGCACUGCGAGUUUUAAAAGAGAUUUUGAAACACCAGCCAGAAAGAUUCAAAAAUUAUGCGGAGCUCACCAUCAUAAGAACACUGGAAGCUCACAAAGAUCCCCAAAAAGAGGUGGUAAGAGCUGCUGAAGAAGCCGCUACAGCCUUGGCCACAUCUAUCAACCCUGAGCAAUGCAUCAAAGUGCUUUGUCCUAUUAUACAGACAGCAGAAUGUCCUAUCAACCUUGCAGCAAUCAAAAUGCAAACCAAGAUCAUAGAGAGAGUCCACAAAGAUGUUCUGAACCAGUUAUUACCUGAAAUAAUUCCUGGACUGUUAAUGGGUUAUGACAAUACGGAGAGCAGUGUCCGCAAAGCCAGCGUGUUUUGCCUUGUAGCCAUUUAUUCAGUUAUUGGUGAAGAUCUUAAACCCCAUCUUGGCCAACUCACUGGCAGCAAGAUGAAAUUGUUGAAUUUGUAUAUUAAACGUGCACAGACGGGAUCCAGCACAAGUGGCUCGGCGUCAGACCUCACCGGUCAGAGCUAGAGUUAGCAGCUGCUUUCUCAUGGGUCUCCAAGGGAAGGAACUGCGUGCUCUUCGAUGGAACUUUCAUCAUGGCUCUACACAGCAAAUGACUUCCCUCAGUCUGCAUGUGACUGUUACACCAAAAUUUAUUCCAAAUCAGAGGAGACAGUAUUAGUCAGUUCAGAUAACACUCAAACCUUCUCGCCCAAGAUCUCUGCGUCUUUUAAUUAAAAGUUUACCAGUAUUACUGUUGUAUAAAUAAAAUGCUAAUUAUGAUUAAAGAGGAAUGCAUUCAGCUUCAGAAAAAAAUUUUCUUUUGCUUCUACCCAGCAGCGGUAUUGUUUCUUUUUGCAACAUAAUUUGCUUCUGGUUAGAUUUCACAAAUAAUCAGUAAAGGAGCAGCCUGCGAUAAAUCAGAGUGGAACCGGGUUGAUGCAGAAACAACCUGCCUUGUUUUCAGUGCAUGCUGUCACAACAAAGCCCUAGGGAUUGUAACUUUAUUUCACGGAAAGUAGGGAUCUAGAAUUAGCCAGUUUUCCUGUGUUACCUUUUCGCCAACUUGGUCUGUGUUCCUUCAACAAAAGGAAUGCUAACCGUAGCAAAGGAAGGUAGAGGAGUCUAGCAUCCCUGAUGUGCUGUUUCUCAGCAGCACAUUUCAGUGUCUAUGUACAGGUUACAUAAGGCUUGUACCAUUUCCAAAUGGAUAUGAACCACUCUUGCCAUCACACCUUCUUCAAGCAGAGUGCAUCGGAAUGGAGUGUUCUACACAAGCACAGUCAGUACGUAACAUUCAUGUUCAGUAUGUAGUUCUUAAGUUCUACUAAAAUGCUGGUAGAAAAUCCAUUGAGGGUUUUGCCUAGUCGCUUUCAGUAAGUAGACAGCAAUUACAGUGAUAAUGUUACUGGCCUGCUUUCUGUGUUGAAAAUGUUCCAGGAAUCUAACAUUUAAAAGCAACUAUCUGUACACAUUACUGUGCAAAAAUCAAAAGAUUUUGAUAGCGUCCAUUGUGGAAAGCAAGUACAAUUGAUAAAUAGAAAAAUGACAGCAGCUUAUAUUCGUGUUUUCUCUACCUCUGCAGCGGGUAGAUUUUCUUUCAACCUGCUAAGUUCCACUUUUUAAGGAAAAAAAUUAACGAAGUCUACCACUAUUAAUCAGUAGCUAAUUUGAGUCAUUCAUAGUGACAAACGUUGUCGUAAGCCAAUACUGGAACUAGGUUUGUUGCCAGCUUGUUCAGUGAUGAUGUGCAAAUGGACCUUGGGGUGUGAAGUCCAGAGCAAAAGUGAAAUGAAAUCGAAAUGAAAAAGCAAAACAUGAAUCAGACUGUUUUGCUGCUGUUUGAACGUUGCUCUUUUUGUUUUAUGAAAAAUUUAUAGAAAUUUAUUUAAAGAUUUUAAGGGAACUGUUUAUCUGUUUUUAAGCCCCUGCAUCAAGAAUAUAGUGGUACGUGAAUGUUUAUUUGGACUACACUAUUAUUUGAUGUAUUUAUAGUUAUGUGCUUACAAAUGUGCAUACACUGGCAAUAAACUGUAUAUAAUAUCU